UACAAUCUAGUGGCAAAAUGCUUCUACCGUAACAAUGGUAUAAUAUACAUAGCGCUAUUUGGAACAAAUACGUGUUAUGUACUGUCAAUAUUCACGUUUUUAUACAAUCAUGUAAUCGCAGCCAUUUAUUUGCACACCGCGGAUCUAUUGACAGGAUCUCUCGUCCCAUUAUCGACACACAAUGCAGAUAUAAUGGUUAUCCCUUGCCAAUUUUCUGCUCGCUCAUUGUAUUUGAUACGUUUUGAUACCUGCUGAAUGGAUAACAUUUAUUUUCGUGCGUUUGGUUGUCGUGCAUUGUCCCUCAGGUGGUCAGAAUUGAAUCGAACUCAAACAAGACGCAUGUAAGUGAUGAAGCACGAAUCUGGCAUAACACUACGCUCUCACAUAUUGUGGAUUAAUAUUAAAGUUAAUGCACAUAUAUUUUGAACCAUUUUAAAUGUGUGCGUGUGUUUGUGGGUUGCAUUAGUGAAUGAAUCUAUCGUUUAUUUAUAUCUAAACCGUUGAAAAUUAUGACAUGAUGAGCGAGUUAUACGUGCAUAUAAAAAGCAAAUUUCAGACGAAAUCGUAGUUGGUGCCCGACAUUGGACGUGCGAUAUGUACUUCUGUGUAUAUAUUACAAACCCUGUGAAAAUUCAUAAUCUGCACCAUUUCAAUAAUAAUAAUAUGACAUAUGAUCUGGACUCAAUAUCGCACCCAUACCCACCGUGCUCGGCACUUUUUUACCAUGCAUCAAUACUGGACAACGAAAUGGAAAAGUUACCCAAUAAUGUGUAACCAUGUGUGAUAUCCACACUGACAGAGUGCCCGUGAUUCUAUCAAUAUACGUGGUCUUCAACCUCACACGCCGUGACGCACAUCCGGCCACAUGACGGGCUACACGAGCCGCAGUUCCGUGGAGCUCAUCUCGUCCCCCGAGCGAGUGCUCAUAGGUCGGCAAGAUGUGAAGGCGGGACGGGAGGAGAUGUUUAUAUCGCCCCGCAGCUUCCAGACGGACUUCCACCCUAUACGCAGAUCGUACCCGGACCCCGAAGUGGAGCGACGUAUAGUUCUUCUAGGGCGCGCGGGCGCCGGAAAGAGUGCGAGCGCCAACACGCUCGCUGGCCGCCACGUGUUUCUGGAGGCGCGAUGGGGCCGUUUCCACACCUCAGAGUGCCAGCGCACGACCGUCUCGAGGUUCGGACGCAAACUGGACAUCUUGGACACGCCGGGCUUUCUACUGGACGCGGACAUUAACGGGCCGAAGGUCAAACGUGAGUUCGCUAAGGCUAUAGGGAUAUCUUCUCCAGGACCGCACGUGUUUGUGUUCGUAUUUCCGACCCCGCACAUGCAUAGGUGCGAUUUUGAGAUUUUUCAAAAAUUCAUCCACGUGUUCGGACCGGAAGUUGUGAACUACACGAUCUUGCUGUUCUCCAAGGUGGACGAUUUGGAUUAUUUUUCUCUCACAAAGCAGGCGUUUAUACUUUCCGCGCCCCCGGAAUGGAAGGCGAUCAUGAAAGUCUGCAACUACCGGUGUGUCUGGUUCCAGAAUCGCUCUCCGCAAGCGGAGAAAGAGCUCAUGGUCCGCACGUUCGUGGAGACGCUGGAAAACGUGAUCAACCAAAACCUCGGCCAGUAUUUCUGCAACGAUCUCUUCUGGACCGUCGAGAAGACGAUCAUCGAACGAGAUAUCACGAGAAGUAACCAGAAUGCCAGACUGAACUCGCUCAGACGGAAGCUCAGGGUGAACUUGGACGCCGGUAUACAGCACAGAUACGGCGACACCACACGGAAAGACCCUAACAGGACUCGCGAAGACUUCCGAAAAGAUUUGGCGGGAAAUAAUAUGAAACUGAUUGACACCAUUUGGCAUUCGAUCAAAUACUUCAACUGUAUGAAAAUUUUACGAAUACCCAAACAUUUGUCAGAACAUCAGCAUGAGGCGGCGAACGAGGGUUUCGACCUUGACAUUUCCAACCCGGUACGUGUCAACGAGGAAGUGAACAAACGUCACACGACUACUGCGCAGCCACAAGAAGUGCAAAAGCGCGGGAGAUUUCCGCGACUACCGAAAAUCGACACGAGCAAAAAUCAAGGCCCGAGCCACAGACUCGAACCUCUUACUGAGAGAAGUGAAGGAACAACGAAACUACCGAAACUGGUGGCGAAAUACAGAUAACCAAGUCUGUUACUUAGCAUAUAUUUUUUCUGCCGACAAUGUCGGCUUAGUUGAAAAGACAAGGGUACGUCAUGCACACAAGUAGGAAAGAGUUUUGGUUUUGGUCAAAGGGUCUUAAAUUAUCGUUCACAGCACAAAGAUGGAGGCGGAGAAAUGAGAUGCGCUCUGGGAAAGCGGGGCUUAAUGCAUGUGAGCAGUGUUAGAGCAGAUUAGCCUGUGACAUCCUCACAGGCUUAUCAGGGACAUUUUCCGCUUUUUUUUCGUUCAAAAGAAGUCUCUUCUAUACGGAAACCCAGUCGUGGAUCAAGAAAGUGUCGCCCCAGAUUAGCACGUGCGGACUGCACAGGCUGACAGGAGACGACACUUUACACACAGGAAUUAAGCCCCGAUUUCCCACAGCGAUGCUCCUAUAUUCAUGUCUAAAUGAUUGCGCUCAAAACAGAAAUUGCUGCCCAUGGUAUGGUGCCUCAGUUUUUAUGCAUCUAUGACGGAUUUGUUAAUUGACAUACUACAUUAAUAAUAAAUAAAAGUGUAGUUGAUUAAUGUGCACAUAGCACUAUUUUGUAAGCAGGAAUGCAAUUGUAGCUUGAAUGAUAUACCAACUUACAAGAGAAAAGUUCAAAAAAAUGUAUCGUGCAUAAUGAGAAAAUCGUCAAUUAUCUUUAAAGCACAGCACUUUUAAUGCUGCUCAAAUACGAAUGUAAACCAAGACAUUUAACAUUUGUCAAAAUGGGGACAAUUGGCUUGAUGACUAGUCAAAAUGGGUGUCUAUUGAAGUUACUUCACACUGCCAAAAAUGUAACACUAGACUGAUGUUUUGUUUACUGUUCUUUGUCUCUAAUCAAUUAAAAGGUUGUAUCAAUAAGCCAGAAAACUGACGUAGGGUAUACAGAAUUUCAUGAAGCAAUGGCUAUCACAAUGUAUUGAAUAAUGAUAAUGGUUAAAAAUAGUUGGUUUAUCAAAAGAGAGGUACAUUUUAAGGCAAUAAUCACAUUGUUACAAUUCACCUCAGCUUUUCUUGAUAUGUCAACUGAUAUUAAAUAACCAUGUCAAUUAUUAGCAUUUUGUAUUAAGAAUUGUUGAUGAUAGCAAGUAAGUCUAUGUGUGAGGUAUUUCGUAUGCAAAUGGCGCCAUUGUGAAGCGAAAAUUAACAUCAUUGAAAUGACAAAUAGCAAUCGAAUUGUCUGUGUGUUAUUGUUUGUUUCAAAUACAUGCAUUUUUAUAGGUAUCCUAUUUGUAUUACAUAAUUACAUAGCUAAAACAUUAACUAUGCAAAAAA